CCCACGAGCCCAACGUCUCCACGAACCCUAGCUCGGAUUCCUGCCCUCCUCUUGUUUUCCUCACUGACCUCCUCAACGAAAUCCUAACCUUGAGAUCUUUUUGGGGCCGUCGCCAUGGCCUCCAGAAUGCAGGAUCACGAUGGUGCGAGUCCCGCAAAGAUCUUUAUUGGAGGGCUUCCGAAGGAUACGACACUUGAAACAUUUGUUAAACACUUUGAGAAGUAUGGAGAGAUAGUAGAUUCAGUGAUAAUGAAAGAUCGAAACACAAACAAGCCAAGAGGGUUUGGAUUCAUCACCUACAAAGACGCUGCAGUUGUUGACCAAGUCAUCGAGGACACACAUGUUUUUAAUGGAAAAACGGUGGAAAUUAAAAGAACUAUUCCAAAAGGUGUCGCUCCUUUGAAGGAUUUUAAGACAAGAAAGAUAUUUGUUGGUGGAAUACCAAUAACGCUUACUGAAGAUGAAUUCAAGAACUUCUUUUCUGAGUUUGGAAGGGUGGAAGAUCAUGAAAUUAUGCGUGACCAUACAACCAACAGAUCUCGUGGAUUUGGUUUUAUAGUCUUUGAGAAAGAAAAAGAUGUAGAUGAUUUAUUAGCCAAAAAGGGAAAUAUGAUCGAUCUAGCUGGUACUAAGGUGGAAAUCAAGAAGGCUGAACCAAAGAAAUCUGCGAAUGCACCACUUUCUGCCUUUGGUGGUGAAUCUAGGGCUCGUCACUAUGGGGAUAGUUUUGGUGGAUUUGGUGGCUCGUAUGGUGGCUUUGGUGGUGGUUAUGGCCCUUCAUCUUACAGGGCACCAGGAGGUUUUGGUCCUAGACCCGGGGGUUAUGGUGGUUAUGGGAGUGUCUCUGGUGAAUAUGGUGGUUAUGCUGGGGGCUUAGGGGAGUACCAUGCAGAAUCUUCACUUGGCUAUUCUAGUCGUUUUGGUUCAUAUGGGGGAGGGUUUGGUGGUGGUGGAGGCUUUGGUGGUGGCUACGGAGGUGGUGGUGUACGUGGGCAUGGGCGUGAAACUGGGGGUUACGGUGGUUCUAGCUAUGGAGGUGGUUAUGAUUCUUCUCCAGGUGGUUAUGGACUCUAUGGUAGCAGAGGAGGAGGCUAUGGCGGUGGUGCUGAUCGAUACCACCCAUAUGGAAGAUAGGAAGGGGUGACGCUAGGCAGCUGGUUUUCCUAUCGUCAGAUCAGUUAGUACUAGUUCUGGUGGGAGUGUAUUUGGUGUUCCUAAUUGAUUAGGUGCAUUUGACAUUGUAACACUAAUGAGAAUGAGGCUUUAAGGGUUGAAUUGAUGUUUGGUGGUUGCGUGGGGGAUCUUUAUCAGGGAACCACCUGUAACACCAAAAUAUCUUGAAUUUGAAUAACCCUUUUGUUUGUUGUUCUUUUUGA